AAAGUUUAUCUAACGCAAAAAUAAGACCAAAAUGCGGAGGGAAAUGACGUUUAAAUGCUUCUGUUGGCUUAUUUCAACAACUUGAAUUCAUGUUGGUCAUUGCGGGAUGAUUUUAUUUCAAUCUGAGAAGAUUUGUGGUCGAUUUGGUGGUCUGGACGAUUGUUUACACUAACAGCAGAUUGUUAAUCUCAUAUGCCUAAAACAUGGCGCAUUGUUUGUGGCUACUAUUGCUAACUUUAUCGAAUGUUCUUUUAACUCAAAAACCUGUAAAUGGCAAAAGGAUUCGUAUUUGUCCGUCUACAAGAACUGGUACGCAACUUCUAUCGCUUACAGACGCAGAAAGGACGAAUUAUACGUUCAUUUUCUCACGAAACGCCGGAAUUCUUCAAGAAUUUUUGGUUAUCAAUCAAGUGACUGGAAUUGUUACUUUACACCGUGAGAUAAAAUGUGAUAUUUUUCGUGAAAAAAUAUUUGUAGUUACAGUGCGAUCUACAAGUGUCGGGCUUCCCAGAGUACAUUUUUGGGCGCCGAUUAUAGUUACAUUACAUAACAGACACGCUUGUCUGGUUGUUAGAAAAACUAAGUUGAAUUCCAAUAACACUAGACAUGAACGAAUUUCCGCUUAUGAGAAACAUGACUUGUCGCCUUUUAACAAAUCUAGUGGUGUUUUCACAAAUAGAAGUAGACUAAAUGAUCGGCUGGGGUAUAAAAAUGAUAUUUCUAAUCAUUUGUACAAGUUCAAUAUAAGAACAAAGUCUGGGGGUAUACAUUUAAGGAAUAGGUUAAAACGUGAUGUUUAUAAGGUAGGCAUUAACAGAUACCAAAACAGACAAGUAGAAACAGGUUACUUUAUCAGGGUUAAACGUAAUACCAGGAACAAUGCACCGAAAUUUGCAAACCCCUCAGAAAAUGUUGCUAUUCGGGAAGACGUGAAUAUUUCAACUCUUGUGUAUACUGCGUCUGCAUUGGAUACCGAUAGUUACUUGGCAGGCACACUUGUGUAUGGUAUGAAACCUAUGGGUAAUAUUCGCAGUCAAGAUUUUUUCCAGAUUGAUCCAAGCACAGGGAAAAUCAGAACCAAGGCUUUGCUUGAUCGCGAGACCAUGGCACAGCAUCAAUUCCAGGUGACGGCAACAGAUAAGGGUACCCCACCAUUGAAGGGAAGUAUGGUACUUACAAUCAAGGUAUCGGAUGUUAACGACCAUGCGCCGGUCUUUGAUAAAAAAGUUUACCAAGAGAAUAUAUCGGAAUCAGAGGAUAGUGGUUCUACCGUAUUGGCUGUUCGUGCUUAUGAUUAUGAUGAAGGACGGAAUAAAGAUAUUAAAUAUAGCAUUGUCAAUCAUAGCGGAAAAACCAGAGUUUUUAUUAUUGGUGAAAAAUCUGGAAUUAUCCGCGUUGAUGAUGAUUUAGACCGUGAAAAAGUUCCAUCGUACCAUUUGGUUGUCAAAGCAGAAGACCAGGGGAAACCAGCGCUAAGUUCAACUGCUGAUGUGUUUAUUGAUCUCAUUGAUGAGAAUGACUGUAUUCCGGAGUUUAACCAAAGCAUGUAUGAUUUCUUUGUUGCAGAAAAUAGCCUUAGAGGAACGGUAGUUGGCAGAACUAACGCGACGGAUUGUGACAUUGGUCUGAACAAAAAAAUUCGAUAUAGUAUAACCUCUGGGAAUGAGGACCAAGCUUUUCAAAUCGUCAUGAAUUCUGGUGUCAUCCGUGUGCAAGGCUCAUUAGAUUUUGAGCAAAAUUCAUUAUACACACUUCAAGUAACGGCUGAAGAUUCUGGAGAAGUGCCAGAAUAUAAAGAAGUGUGGGUUCAGAUUGAAGUCACAGAUGUUAACGAUUCUCCGCCAGAGUUUGUUAAGAACAAAUAUCGAUUCAGUGUUGCCGAAAAUGUAGGUACAGACAUUGUUGUUGGGACUGUUCUUGCGACAGAUCGUGAUUCGGAUGACAAUGCCAAAAUUGAGUAUUUUCUUAGAAAUAAGAAUGUCCCAUUUAGGAUUGGUUUAUCUUCUGGUAAACUUAAAACAACUGGCAAACUUGACCGUGAGACUGUGCCGACAUAUCAGCUGGAAGUUAUAGCCCAAGAUAAAGGGAAACCUCCCUUAAAGAAUUCUGUAACGGUUUAUAUCGACGUAGAUGAUAUUAAUGAUAGUCCGCCCUCGUUUGAGAAAACAAUGUAUAAUGCCACCAUUGACGAGAAAUACAGGUCUCGACGACCAUUUCUCAAUGUGGUUGCUAACGACAAAGAUACGAUUGGCCAAAUUCAGUAUUCCAUAAAAGAUGAGCCUUAUAAUUGUUUUGCAAUCAAUUCAUUUGGUGGAGUAACAAAACUCCGAUCUUGUAAGCUCGAUUACAAGAAGAAGAAAGUUUAUUACUUUAAAGUGGAAGCAUCAGAUGGACUGCACAGCUCAUCUGUUCAAGUGGUUGUCCAUAUACAAGAUUCAAAUGAUAACGCCCCACAGUUUACAAAAUCUCGUUACAUUGGUCAAAUUUACGAGAAUGAUACCGCCGGGACAACAGUCACAAAGGUGACAGCAACUGAUGACGAUUUUGGUAAAAAUGCUGAAAUAACCUACUCAAUCGUUGGCGGUAGUACAGUAUUUAAGAUCAAUUCAACAACUGGUGUGAUAACGAACCUUGUUAAGUUGGAUAGAGAACUUACACCAAAGUAUAAGUUGAAAGUGCUCGCUACAGAUAAUGGGAAACAGAGAAAAUCAGGACGGACUCGUGUGGAUAUUAGGGUUAAAGAUAUUAAUGAUAAUGUACCGCGGUUUGAAAAGUCGUUGUAUAGGGUCGAGUUGGAUGAGAACGUCCGUGUUGGGAAGUUGGUGAUACCGCUCGAAGCCACUGAUGAAGAUGAAGGAUUGAACAAACAAAUAUCAUACUCACUUGAGAAGAAGGGUAAGGAAGUUAUGUUUGGUGAAAUGGUAAAGUAAUUCUUCAUGUUAAGGUAUUGAUAAGGUUUCGGUAAGCAUGGUAUGGUAGCAUAUGGUUGUCAACUUCAGAAUAUUGACGCUUUUAGGAGCAAGAAAAUUGAACUAAAUAUCUUUCUCUUAUGUAUAAGUUUCUAAAUACAAGACUAUGACAUAUAGUGAAAAGAAUUAAUGUUAUUUUCUCAUUUCUGAUAAGUGCCAGUUGUCGUUGACCAUCAUCUACUGCACGACAGUGCUCAGUGAAACCCCCUAAAUGCACCUCAGUCCCAUCAGCUGCUGGAUGAUAUGUUUAUACAUAUUGUUUGACUUUCAAUACGUAUUAGGCAACAUCAAUACUGCAUUCAAGAUUAACCAGGAUCUUGGCGACAUCACAGUGAACCAGGAAUUGGACAGAGAGAAGACACCAGAAUAUCUUCUAACUGUUGUGGCUACCGACCAUGGAAACCCUACUCAACAUUCUACCACUCAAGUUAAGGUAUGAAAAGCUGUGAUGAAGUAAAGUGAACUAAACUAACUUUAUCUAUACUGGAUAGCUCAAAACUGUUCUUCCUAGAGGUUCAGUAAGAAUCAUCUCUUAUUGAUCCAGUGUUACUGCAGGAGGAAAACCAGCUCUAAACUGUUCGUCCUAGAGGUCCAGUAAGGAUCAUCUCUUAUUGAUCUAGUGUUACUACAGGAGGAAACCUAAACUAAACUAACUUUAUUUAUAUUGGAUAGCUCUAUCAGUUCUAAACUGUUCUUCCUAGAGGUCCAGUAAGUAUCAUCUCUUAUUGAUCCAGUGUUGCUACAGGAGGAAGCCUAAAUUAUGCUAACUUUAUUUAUGCUGGACAGCUCUAGCAGUUUUAAACUGUUCUUCUUGGAAGCCCAGUAAGAGUCAUCCCUUAUUGAUCCAGUGUUGUUGAAGUACCUGGAGAAAGUCGUGUUUGAUAGAGUCAACGUGGAAUCACUCUUCUCACACACGGCUGAGAUGAAAUUAUGAUGAGACAACUGCAGAAAACUAGAGAUUCCCGAAUAAACUGCGCUCCAAAGGCGUUUCUGACGUAUUCCAAAUGUUUCCUGGCGCAUUCUGAACGCGUUUCAUGAAGUUCCGUUCCUCAGACGCGUUGCAAGUGCAUUUCAUAGCGUUCUUGCAAAACAUUCGCUGCAAUACUCGUAACGCUGUCAACUAGAACGCAUAACUUUGAACGCGUCAAAAAUGAAAUUUAGAACGCAAGCGCAGUAUUAAAUUUCUCCAUCAUAUUUUGCGUAAAUCAGCAUUCUAAUUCCCUGUUGGUUAAAUUUACAGUAUCUUAUUUUUGCGUAAAUCAGCAUUCUAAUUCCCUGUUGGUUAAAUUUACAGUAUCUUAUUUUUGUAAACUCAUUUUGCUAUGUCUAGGUAACUUUAAAAGACAUUUUAGACAGUCCGCCAAAGUUUGAAAAAUCGCGCUACAUUAUCAAAAUUCCUGAAAACUUUGCAUUGAAAAAAGAACUCAUUCGUGUGAAAGCCACGACUCGAGACAUUGUGAAACACGCUAGCAUUCAAUACGACAUCACUGGUGGUAACUAUGACAAUAUGUUUACAAUAUUUGGUACCACAGGUAGUAUCGAACUGGUGAAAUCGUUAGACUUCGAAAGCAAAACGAGCUACCUCCUGACAGUCCAAGCGAUGUAUGUGUCCUAUUUGGCUUCCGCUGAAGUCCAAAUUAACGUUGUCGACAUCAAUGACAUGAAACCGAGACUGGCACAAAAUUUUGAAAUUUUGAUCAACAUGGGAGAAGGCCGUUUUCCAGCGGACAUCAACUUCAGAAUACCAGCGUACGAUCCCGACAAAAGUUCCAAGCUUACCUACACAAUAACUUUGAAGAACGAGCGAGCGAAAAAUGCCGUGACAGUCGACAAAACUACUGGUGUUUUGAGCAUAAAGGAAUCGGCUCUUGCAAAUACAAACAGGAUACCGUUUACAGUUCAAGUGUCAGACGGCGCUCACACAAUAACCAGAAUAGGCAGUAUUAAUCUGAAUGUCAUCACAGAACCUUUGCUUCGAGCCAGUGUGCCCGUCUACCUUAACAACGCCACAGCUUCGAAGUUUUUUGCUGUUUUGAGAAAAUUCAAGUUGAGGUUGGGGUCGAUUUUAGGCGUGAAAGACAGCAAUGUUAUAGUAUUUUAUGUGGUAAAUACUACAAGAACUUAUACAAAGUUUGUUGAAGGAGUUGGCUAUGUUUCCAUCCCAGAUAACUACCUCACCGUAUGGCUAGCUGUUCGGAACGGAGAUGGUUUUGUAGAAGGAAAACUGGUUUUGGAAAAGUUGUUUUUCAACGUGAAUCAACUUGAAGUGGAAACACGUAUGGUUGUGUUGCCUUCGGAUAAGGAAAUCAAAAAAGGAAAAGACUCGAAUCAUUAUUUGCUCGUGCGAGAAGCUUGUAAAACAAGCGAGAACAGCUACCUCACUUGUAUGAUAAAUAAAACGUUUGUGAACAGCCCAGGACAAUUGCUAGUUACCCCCUCUGCUGUGUUUUAUGGUGUCAAGAUCCGCGAAGUCCUCAGACCUGUGUGUUCAGCGGGGUUUUACGGUACUUCAUGUAAUCUGAGGUUAGACGCCUGUUACUCGAGCCCGUGUUUGAACCACGCCAAGUGUAUCAACUACGAAGGAGGAUAUCAUUGCGCAUGUGCAGAGAAUUACGUUGGCAAAAAUUGCGAGAUUGAUGUGAGGAAGUCUAGAUGUUCAAAAAUUCCAGGUGGGUGAUUGUGGAAGAUAAAUCAUUUUAGUAAAGCUCCCUGUCAAACGAUGGAUAUAAGAGUUGGAAGCGAGAGUUUGCAUGAGAAUUGAGAAUGGAGAGUUUGCAUGAGAGUUGAGAAGGAAGAGUUUGCAUGAGAGUUGAGAAGGGAGAGUUUGCAUGAGAGUUGAGAAGCGAGAGUUUGCAUGAAAAUUGAGAAUGGAGAGUUUGCAUGAGAGGUGAGAAGGGAGAGUUUGCAUGAGAAUUGAGAAUGGAGAGUUUGCAUGAGAGUUGAGAAGGGAGAGUUUGCAUGAGAAUUGAGAAUGGAGAGUUUGCAUGAGAGUUGAGAAGGGAGAGUUUGCAUGAGAGUUGAGAAGGGAGAGUUUGCAUGAGAGUUGAUAAGAGUUCGAAAGCGAGAGUUUGCAUGAGAGUUGUUGAGAGUUCGAAAGCGAGAGUUUGCAUGAGAGUUGUUGAGAGUUGGCUAGACAAUAUCAGUCAAACAACCUCAUAAACUCUCAUCAAAAUUUGAACGAGCUCAAAGUUAAUGAGAGUGCAUGAGUUGAUCGAUGAGAGUUGAUGAAACUUGGCGGUCACUGACAUGAGCGACUUUCAUCAACGGCAGCGCUCAUCCUCGUUUUCCCAGGACUUAAAGUAAAGCAAUUGAAAGUAAAGCAAAGCAAAGUAAAGCAAAGUUAAUAUUAUGAUGGUAAUCCUCUUUUGUCGCUUAUCAGCUGACCCGCGACCGCUGAAAUGCAAGGGGAUGCAGCCAUGCAGGUCAAACCUGACCAUAGGCUUACUAAUAGUGAGUUUAAGAUACCCCGGUUUCGGUUUACGGGUACGGGUAGCAUGAUUUUGGUUAGCAAUAUUUUCGUCGAUGUCUGUACUUUUACUCGCAAUUAAGGUGCACAUUUUUCGCAUUAUAUCAUUGUCUAUUCCAAAAAACCCCAGAAAAAGUAUGAUCGAAUUACAGACAUCAGUAAAAACUAGUAAACACGAUGACACCACCCGUACACCGAAACCGGGGUAUCUUAAACUCACUAAUACUACCAUGCGUGCCAUGUCUGAUCACGUGGUGGUGCUAAGGUGGAAAUGAUAGUUUUGUGGCGAGGGAGGAAAACUAGCCCGAUGUAAAACCCUCGAAGCACGGGGGGGGGGAACUGUGUGGGGUGGAGUCACCCACACUAAGUCAUACCCAAGUUUUUAUUUUUUAGACAAUAUUUGUCAAAACAGUGGCGUGUGUCAAGACAAUCCGAAACAAGGCUUCCGAUGUCAAUGUCAGAAUGAAAACUAUGAAGGACAGUUGUGUCGUGUUACCACAAGAAGUUUUGAAAAUGGUUCAUUUGCCGCAUUUCCAGGUAUUUGAAUGUUUGAUGGUUGAUCCUUGGGUAUACCCUACGUCUUUAGCACGACUUUUUCUGAGCCGUAUCAUAUAUUUCUUUUCUUAUUUAAGGUUUAAAUCAACGAUGGCACAUCGAUAUUUCUCUGGAGUUUGCGACUAUCGAACCAAACGGCGUUCUUGUCUACAUCGGUCGUUUUGGACACGAAAAUGAUUCAAUGGCUCUGGAGCUUCGAGAUGGCGAAUUAUAUUACGUCUUUUCUGCUGGGGAUGACGUUCAGACGGUCAGUGUUGGACCUAGCAAAGACGAAAGUAUUGUGAAUGGAGAAUGGCAGACGGUUCAAAUCUCCUUUCAACAACAGGUGAGACUUAUUGAUCUCGGUUUUAGAGGCCAGCACAACUGAGCGGCUGACUAAUAAACAUCAAUGUUUAUUUCUUUAGACCGGUGCUCUCGUUCUGGGCAAGAACUGUAAAUCUGCCGUGGCUGUAAAGUUUGGAAACCAAAUUGGUAGUUUUUCUUGUGCUGCGGCGAAAAAACUGAAUGGAAAAUUAAGGUAGUUGAAUAAAUACAUUUACAUAAAUCUUGAUCUCGUUCCUAAUAGGAAAGCGUUUUCGCUCGAAACGUCGAAGUUUUGCCGAUAUUUUUUCAGAUGGUUGUAUCUUUCUCAAUCUGUAGCUGUCUAAAUUAAUUCCAGUCACAGGGCAGGAAAAAAGAAUUUUUUUCCUGGGAGCACAACCCAGAGACAAAAAUUCCCUGCAGACCAACGGAGUAGUAGUAUGCUAAAUCUGCAUGUGCGUAAAAAUAUAGUGUUCUAGCUCAUUAUGAUUUUAAAUUCAAGGAAUAAUGUCUGUCAACUAUAUGUUGUUGCGCCCAUAGUGGGACAUAGGUGUUAAGGUUUCCUUCAAAUUUUCAAUAGCAAAUCUUCAUUCAAACGAAUUUCCUGCAGCUGUUUAACAUUUCCCGCGAGCAGUGCUCGCGUGCUCGUCUAUUUUUCCACCCCUGUCCAGCUUUUCCCAGUAUGUAUGGAAUGUGAAAUUUUCUCUCUGAUAAUUUCCAGGUCGAUGGACUUGACCUCUCCAUUGGUUCUCGGCGGUGUAUCAUUCACUCCCUCGAACUUCCCCAUCCAGGGACACAGUUUCAACGGUUGUAUUCGCAACGUGAAACUAAACCAUGCCCCACUGGAUCUGGGCAGUCCCAUAUUUAACCGGAACACCGGGAUUGGCUGCAGCAGGAAGAGAGAUUUCUGUACGACGGCUUCGUGUAGUAAGAAUGGCAAGUGUAAGAGUUCUUGGGAUAGGGCUACCUGUUCUUGUGAAGAGGAAUACGAUGGGAAACGAUGUGAAACAAGUAAGUGAAGAUAGAACUGUGGAAACACCACAUUAUUAUUUAAGAAAUAGAAAACGGUAUAGAAACACGCGCGGGAGUUUGGGAGAACGGGAAAUACUGUAAUUAGUGGGAAAACGAGCUUUCCCACGUUAUUUCGAGUUCUCAUUACCUUGGCAUGAAGUCCACUCGAUCGGUUGUCUAGUAUCAAGAGAACGAUUUCCUUUGCGUUUGAUCAUGAGUUAAGUUUUCAUUUCAGAAACGACAUCCCGCGAUUUUACUUCGAAAAGUUACCUUGUUAACAAACUACAGAACACGGUGGUUAAGCUGCCCUGGAUGACGUCAGUUGUGUUUAGAACAGUCGAUGGUACUGGGACGUUAAUGCAACUUGUCUUUGGUAAUGGUACGUCUUUGUUGGAGGUAGGUUUUCAAAUGAUUUGAAAAUGAUAGUUUUAGGCCGGGUUUACACAAUAACGCAACGGCAAGUUUACCGUAACGUAUUGAGUUUGAUCCAGAGUAGUGGUCUGUAGUUGGUACACUACAGCAAACCACUCCGUUAUAGUGUAAACACAAUACCAAGAAAUAUAGUGAAUUUUUAACAGAAUGUUAGCCGUAACGUUAUAGUUCAUGUAAACGCGUCCUUAUGCUUUUACAACGUGGAAUAAGCUAGAGGCUGUUCCCACGAAGGGUAAGAUAAAUUAGGAGCGGGAUCAAUGUAAUUUCUGAUCUAACUAUUCAUUGUAUAAUUAUUGACUAAAUAUAUUUUCACUCCUGCAGCUCAAAGAUGCAAACUUACACUACACUCACAAUACACUGCACUUGAAGAGCAAUAAUAUCAUCCUGGACGAUGGACAAUGGCAUCACGUGGAUAUCACAUGGUCUAUGACGUCAGCAAACAUGAUCAUUGAUCACGUGCACAAAAUAAAAUUGUCCACGGGGGAGAUGGUGGCUGGUGAGAGUUUGACGCAGGUGACCCUAGGCGAUACGGCGAAAUCAGGGAAAGGUUUUAAAGGUUGUAUAAAAGGUAUAUCAACAACAACAACACCUUUAUUUAUAUAUCAUCCAACAACAACACCUUUAUUUAUAUAUCAUCCCAACAACAACAACAACAACAACAACAACAACAACAACAACAACAACAACAACAACAACAACAACAACAACAACAACAACAACACCUUUAUUUAUAUAUCAUCCAACAACAACAACAACAACAACAACACCUUUAUUUAUAUAUCAUCCCUACUUGAACAACCACACCCUGUGUCGUGGAAAUGAAAUAAAUUAUUCUAAUGAAAUAGAUUGAUGCUUGUGAUGUUACUCUGAGUGUAUAUCCACACCGGGCAAGCUUGAAAAAUAUGCCUGACCACGGUGGGAAUCGAACCUACGACCUUUGGGAUACUAGCAGAGUAACGCCACAAGCAUCAUAUUCACCUGAGUACAUUACACCAACACAGAAAAAAUCAUGAAAUAGAUUAUUAAAAAAAAUCUAUAUCUAUCUAAUUAUCUAGGUGUAAUGAUUGCUGGUUCUCAGUUAAACUUCGUCUCAGCGAGCGCACACAUGGUCACAAGUGGCUGUAGUUCAAACACAACGUGUCAGGCUAACACGUGUCCUCGGGAGAGUUAUUGUAAGCAAGAAUGGCGUAAAACAUCCUGUGUUUGUCGGAAUGGUUACGUUGGUGAGAAAUGUCGAGAUGUAUGUAGCUUGCACCCAUGUCAGAACGGUGCUACGUGUCAGCGGACUAACGAUGAUGUCGGAUUUAAAUGUAUUUGUCCAGAUAAAUAUUUAGGUCAGUAUUUGCUUAUGAUAACCCAGUGAGCUCCAUAUAUAUCUGGAGUAGGAACUUGGUUGCUCAAAGUGUUAACUGCCAGUUUCGUGUUAACCGCGCAUACAAAAACAAUAGAAAGGGACUGGAACUGACGUCCAAUAUAGCUCCUUCAAUUUCGCCAUCUCGGCAAGGAGUGUGUUGAAAUUUCGUAUUUUGACUUCGAUUUAAAGAAUAAUAUUGUGAUUUUAUGAACUGAAAACUUGAUUAGUGAUACGGUCCAUUAGAAAGAACUGGAAUUAGCUUGGGGAAAAUGGUAUAGAAACUGUUUACGACCUUCAGAGCUAUUGGACGUCAAUGGCCGCUAUCUUGGAUUCACUUGGCUUCACUUUUCUCAUUGACCGAAUGACUGAAGUUCUUACUCCAGAUAUAUAUAGAGCUCACUGUGAUAACCUUGGUAUAUUACCAAAACUACCAGGUUUCUACACUACUCUCCGUUCUAAACUGUUCUCCCUGGAGGUCCAGUGAUGAUCUAGUGUUACUACAGGAAGAAACCUAAUUAAACUAAUUUUAUUUAUACUGGAUAUCUGUAUCAAUUCUAUUAAAAGAUUCUGUCCAGAGGUACAGUGAAGGCUAGCCCUUGCAAUUGACCACUUGCGUAAUAGACUAAAUUUUGAUCUAAACAAGUCUAGACAAAAAUUUCAUCACAGCUUGAAAGAGCAUCACAAAAUUAGUAAUAUUCCAAAGUUUCGUUGCGAAAUGUUGUAAAAUGCGGAUAAUAUAGCCUUGCAAACUUCGCAAGGCUAUAUUUUUGUCUAGACUUGUUUAGAUAAAAAUUUAGUCUAUUACGCAAGUGGUCAAUUGAACUAGCGGGGUUUGGUAGAGUCAAACUGGAAGUACUUGUCACUUCUUUGAACCCUGGUCAAAGAGGUGAAAUGCACAUUAAAACCACUCCGCCACUGCUUUAAAUUUGGUUAAAUGUCUACGUGUUCUAUAAUUCUUACUUCUCAUUUUCAAUUUCAGGUCAGUUUUGUGAGACACGAAGUCAGCUGCCUUGUCGUGAUGAAUUCUUUAGUGCGUCAGACGGUGGCACAUGUGGACCGUGUAACUGUGACCUUAGACUGGAAUAUAAUCCUGUUUGUAAUAAGACAACUGGUGAAUGUUAUUGUAAGGUAGGCUUGGACUUCAUUAGGGUAACGUUAAAGAAACCAUGGAGUAUAGGGGCCGCUUGUUCAAAGGUGGGUUAGCGAUAACCCUGGGUUAAAAUGUAACCUGCUGCUUUAGUUGUGUAUUUCUGCACCGUGAAACUUCAGAGAAGUAAACUCCUAUCGAUGCAGACAAGAUCUCUGAAGAAAUAUUUCCAAAUUUAUAGACAAGCUGUCAGGAAGUUUGCUUUGAAUUUUAGAUUAACCUAGGGUUAAACUAACCCAGCUUAGAAUAACCGGCCGCCCCUGAGCUACAUUAUUAAUUUAUUUUAUUUUAUUAAGCUUUCAUUGAAAAAAUAGAGGAUGCGUAGCCAGGUUGAAACAUUAUUUAUUGAACGUUCUCUGACUUAAUAUUUAUUUCUACGAGCUUUCGGCUAUCAGUCUAUAGCCUUGUAUACAUAUUUGUAUACACCCGUCGAAGGCUAUAGACUGAUAGCCGAAAGCUCGUAGAAAUAAAUAUUAAGUCAGAGAAUGUUCAAUAUAGCUUUCAUUGUACAAAAUAUAUUACAUGUACAAUGAGGCAAGUUUACAACAGGUACAUACCCAACAAGGUAAACUGCCAAAAACAAUUGUUAGUUAUAUAGACUAACGACGAUAACAGAACAUAGUAUGAUUCACAUCAACAAAACACAGUAAACAAUACAAAAAACAUUGUGCAAAAACAUUUAAGUGUAAAAGAGACAGUUAACAACAUUGUCUGUAAGACGAGGAGGUCAGAUCACGUACAAAGAGACAUUUUGGACAGACAGAUUUCCAGGUUGAGAUAUUAUCACAGUCAAAUGUAGAAUCCAGCGCAGACUUGUAAUGAUGGUAAAGAGCAGAUCUGAAACAAGCGACCGAUGAAAGGCAACGGGUUGACGUAGGUAGACUGUUCCACAGUUUAACAGUUCGUACGAAGUAACUUUUUUGAAACUGAGAGGUUUUACAUUUUGGGACUACAUAAUCGAGGGAGCAACUGUUUCUAGUUGAUUUUUACCGUGGUUAUAAAGUACACCUCCACCCACUACCAGGAUAUUUAGCUGCCCAUCCCUAUUAAACCAUGAGCCUCUGACUCGGGUGAAUAAGGCAACAAUUGUUAUUAUUAGUAAACAAAUUAUUUUUUCUUAGGAACGUUAUUUCCGCGCGAUCCUGAGCCGAGGAGAGUUGGACGAGGUGUGUGAAGAGUGUCAGUGUGACUCCCUGGGGAGUGUGAAUCAGAUGUGUCAGCCAAUAGGAGGACAGUGUCCAUGUUUACCUGGUGUCAUUGGUCGUGUUUGUGACAUGUGCCAAGCCAAACAAGGAGAGAUCACACAGAAUCGAAAAGGAUGUAAAAGUAAGGAUUUUGAUGUGGUUAUUUUGAUUUCUCUGAGAUUUGCUAAAGAAACUGUAUUAUUUUAUACUUUGAAACACCAUAGUGACCAUACCAUACCGUACAGUUCCAUACCACAUCAUACCACAACAUACCAUAUCGUACCAUACCACAUAUCAUACCACAACAUACUAUAUCGUACCAUAUCACAUAUCAUUCCAUGUACUAUACAGUACGAUACCAUGUACUUACUAUUCAAUACACUACCAUACCAUACCAUACCAUAGUGAAACGCAAGAACUCCUUUUACAAAUGCCAAAAGUCUCUUUUCAAAUGCCAGAACUCCCUUUUCAAAUGCCAGAACUCCUUUUUCAAAUGCCAGAACUCCCUUUUCAAAUGCCAGAACUUGGUUUUUAAAUGCCAGAAUUCCGUUUUCAAAUGCCAGAACUCCUUUUUCAAAUGGCAGAACUCCCUUUUCAAAUGGCAGAACUCCCUUUUCAAAUGGCAGAACUCCCUUUUCAAAUACAAGAACUCCCUUUUCAAAUACAAGAACUCCCUUUUCAAAUGCCAGAACUCCCUUUCCAAAUGCCAGAACUCCCUUUUCAAAUGCCAGAACUCCCUUUUCAAAUGCCAGAACUCCCUUUUCAAAUGCCAGAACUCCCUUUUCAAAUGCCAGAACUCCCUUUUCAAAUGCCAGAACUCCCUUUUCAAAUGCCAGAACUCCCUUUUCAAAUGCCAGAACUCCCUUUUCAAAUGCCAGAACUCCCUUUUCAAAUGCCAGAACUCCCUUUUCAAAUGCCAAAACUCCCUUUUCAAAUGCCAGAACUCCCUUUUCAAACGCCAGACCUCCCUUUUCAAAUGCCAAAACUCCGUUUUCAGAUGCCAAAACUCCCUUUUCAAAUGCCAGAACUCCCUUUUCAAAUGCCAGAACUCCCUUUUCAAAUGCCAGAACUCCCUUUUCAAAUGCCAGAACUCCCUUUUCAAAUGCCAGAACUCCCUUUUCAAAUGCCAGAACUCCCUUUUCAAAUGCCAGAACUCCCUUUUCAAAUGCCAGAACUCCCUUUUCAAAUGCCAGAACUCUCUUUUCAAAUGGCAGAACUCCCUUUUCAAAUGCCAGAACUCCGUUUUCAAAUGCCAGAUCUCUCUUUUCAAAUGGCAGAACUUGGUUUUCAAACGCCAGAAUUCCGUUUUCAAGGCAUACCAUACCAUACCAUAUCAUACCAUACCAAACCAUACAAUACCAUACCAUACCAUACUAUACCAUACCGAACCAUACACCAACCUACCAUACCAUACCAUACUAUACCAUACCGAACCAUACACCAACACACCAGAGAACAACACACCAUAUGAUACGUAAUCCUGGUACCUCUCACAUUUAUUUGAUAUUUUCAUAGUCAUCAACACGUCAUGUCCGAGAGCAAAAGCAGAAAGAAUAGAUUGGCCGCGAGAGAAUUUCGGUGUUGUUGCGGUACAUAAUUGUCCUUAUGGUGCCGAGGGGUCCGCAAGAAGGUUGUGUGCUUUCGGUAAAGGAUGGCAAGAACCAGAUCUCUCAAAUUGUACAUCGAGAGGUUUUGUUGACAUCGUCAAGUUGGUAAGUUUUUCCUCAGAGCAGAGCAGAGCAGAAUCACUCUAAUUUCACACUGAGGUGAAAUUAUAAUCACACAACCGCACAUACUACAGGAACCAAACCCCUGUUAGAGAAGGCAAAUACACUAUACAUUAUACCACCAAUAACAUUAAUAAUAAGGCUUCACGACGACUUACCUACAAUAUAUUGUUAUCGUUCCAGUUAAAACUUUAUGGAAACUUAACGACGCAGACAGCAAUCAUCAUUUCUCAUAAAGUGUGGAACAUGUUUUCAUGGAAAGAAUUUUAUCAAAAGGACGUCGCUCUAGUAUACGAAGUUAUUCUCGCCUUGCUGGACUUUGAGAGCAACCAGGUUGAAGAUAAGUUGGCGUCCUCUCAGGAUAAGAAAUUUUUGGACGUAAGUUGCUUUUGGUGUUAAGUUUCGUAUCCGGUUUUCUAACUACUCAGGUGUUCGUCGCCAAAACACGCAUGUUUGCAGAUCGUAAAUAACUUAGCCUAAUAAACAGUCUGAGUAAGUCAGCGUUCCCGGUUGUUCAAAACUGGAUUAGAGCUAACCCUGGGUUAAAAUGUAACCUACUGUUUUGGUUUGGGUACAAUUGCACUUCUGUUUAUUUCAAAACUUUGGAAAAUAAAACUUCUAUUGAUCCACACAUGAAUUGUGGAAAACUAUCUUCAUGUUGUUUGUGAUGUUACUCUGAGUAUAUAUCCACACCGGGCAGGCUUGAAAAAUAUGCCUGGCCACGGUGGGAAUCGAACCUACGACCUUUGGAAUACUAGCCCAAUGCUCUGCCAACUGAGCUACGCGGUCAGGUCGGUUCGAGUAUGUAAUAUUUCGGAACUGACUCUAGUUCCUUCGAUAUCAGUGUAAUCUAAUAAUCAUGAUAUUUGCUGUGUUGGUGUAAUGUACUCAGGUGAAUAAGAUGCUUGUGAUGUUACUCUGAGUGCAUAUACACUCAGAGUAACAUCACAAGCAUCAUAUUCACCUGAGUACAUUACACCAACACAGAAAAAUAAUUAUCUUCAUGUUUCUAAACAGGCUCGGUUGGGAAGAUUGUUUGAAAUUUUCGUUAACCUAGGAUUAAGCUAACCAGCUUUUGAACAACCGGCCCCUGAGUAUAUAUGAUGUGUUCAAAGAAAACAGUUUUGAAUUUUAAUUCCUUUUUUCUUAUGAAGAUAAUUUUGAAAGCUGUAAGUAUUUUUGUGGAUCCAAAAUACACCGAAGGAUGGUCAUUAAUAGAGGAGGUAUAUCUUAUGAUUCUUUAGACAGUUUUCAUUUACUACACUUUGUGAUACAUAUAACAAGUAUAAUAAUUAUCAUAUGUCUUCUUUAUUUAUCAUUAACAAGCAUUGCUGAUUAUCUAAGGUCUGUUUACAUAUAGCAGAGUCACAUAUAGCACGUCACACUUAGGGCCCACUUGCGGACAUGCUUCAGGGGCUAGGCUGUAGUGGGGUGUUGCUGGCAUUGUGGUUGACGCAUGGCCACUCACCUUGACGGGAGUGGAAAUUUCUGCAGUUUUUAGGCCUCAUCAUAGCAGUUAGCCUUCCAGUUUAUUUAUGGUUCAAUGGUUUCCUCCGGCAAUAACAAUGGACCAGUGACAAUGGACGACUCGUAGAGCAUUUCAAAAUAGUAUUAUAAACAGCAGUAUAUCUAAUACAAUCUUUCUCUGGUUUCCCUAAUCCAGACUCCACCAGCGACAGUGUCGUUGAUGCGUCAGUUGGAACAUUUCGGCAUCAGUCUUGCCAGCAAUAUGGUUUACAUCAAGAGAAAAGAGUAUCGUGGAAAACAAUCCACUUCUAGCCUUCCAUCGUACAAUAAAGUCGAAAAUAAUUUGCGUAAGUUUAGUGUAAUUAACACUUGAUAUUCUUGUUUUGAAAAGGGUUUUGAUGUUAGUGGAACAGUGGCAAGCUUGCUAUACGCGUAUACACUAAACCCCCACGAGAAAUCAUACUCGCAUAUAUAUUUUGUAAUUUAUACUUCAUUUUUUCUCACAGUUAUGCAGUUGGAACCGGUCAACCCCAACCAAUUCUCUGGUUUAACAUUUCCUCUUAAAGAACACGAGUCAAGUCUGUUAUCAUCCGAGCAAUGGCGGAACACAAGCAAUCGAGUAGAGAUCCCACCAUCUUUAUUUCGCAAUCAAGGCGCACCCAGUAAGUCGCAGUAGAGAUCCCACCAUCUUUAUUUCGCAAUCAAGGCGCACCCAGUAAGUCGCGAAUUUUGUUCUUAAGCCCUGGGCAAUUUUGUUCUUAAGCCCUGGGUUUCGGAAACAUUGUUUCGGAAACAUUGUUUCCUACCAAUGUUUCGCCAUGGAAACAUUGUUUCCUACCAAUGUUUCGCCAUGUUUCCCAGAGUGGGCAAACACUGGGAAACAUCAGUGAGAAACAUAGGGAAACAUCAAAUGUUUUUGAAUUUGGCAGGAAACAUUUUUGCUUCCCGGGAAGCAAAUUUUGUUUCCGCAACAAUGUUUCCACAGGUGGGCAAACAUGGAAACAUUUGAGGAAACAUCGAGAAUCACAAAUGUUUCCACAACAAUGUUUCCUAGUUUGCCCAGGGCUUUAUUUCUAAACGUUAGAUCUAUCUAAUUUAGGCAUGGAUAUUUCCAUUCUAAAUCCCUAUUUGUACUUGGUACUUUUUAGAGGAUGAAUCCGCAAUUGCAUUUAUUGCUUUAAAAUAUCUUGGUGACCUAUUGCCAUAUUCAUUUGACACCAAAGCAAGGUGAGUAUAUACAGUACCGGGAUUUGGGAGUGAUUAUUCAACUUCAUUCUUUGAUUGAUUGUUAAUUAAGGUGGCUCAACUUCAUUCUUUUCUUGCUCUCAGUUUUAGCGACCUUUCAUUGGAUGUUAACUCUGACGUCAUAAUCGUUGGUAUCAAGGGAAUGGAAUCAAUUUAUCUUCAAGAACCAAUCACGAUUGAGUUUGAAAUUCAUGAGGUACAUACUGGAAUAAUAAAAUAUUUAUAUUAUAGCAUGCCAUUCCAUACGUUCUUGUAUUUGUGAUAUAAAAUAAAUGUUUUCUUGUCUUACACCAUCUUUUCGACAGGUCAAUCGUUCACAAUAUGAUUGUGUUUUCUGGAAUUACUCUGUCCCGUAAGUUGAACUAAAUUCUUCGGAUCCUUGCUUAUGAAUCUGAUUUCUGUCCCAUACUACAGCGAGCAAAUGAUGCCUGUGAUUCGUUCUUAGAUCAUUAUGGCCAUGAAGUAAUUUUACUCGAUAAUACCAUUAAUGAUUAAUAAUUCAAUCUUAUUCGAUGGUGUUUUGUUUUCCAGUGGCAGACAUGGAGGAGGAUGGUCGCGAAAUGGUUGCACAAAAGCUCCCAGCAACUUCACUCAUACUGUGUGUAAAUGUCAUCAUUUAACGUCAUUUGCUGUUGUCUCAGAUCUUAAAAUCGAGGUCAGUUUAACUUUGUCUUCGAUCUCGCUAAGUAGGCAGUGAAUGUAUUGGGGAUUAUGCAGUUGUCUGAUUAUAAUUUCACCCAGGGAUGGAUUUACUGGGGGGGAGGGGGCGGGGGAGGUGCACCCCCUAGCCCUGGCUAGAGGGGGGUGCUAUUUUUAUGAUAAAGCAAAAAAGACAAAAUGAGAUACAGUAAUUUGAGUAAUAACAUGAUGAUAAGUGAACUGUGAACAACAAUUACAAUUCAAAUACAGUAGUUGAUGGGCGGGCGGCACACAUGACCGACACAACUCGGCAGUCGGCACCAGAGCACCCCCCUACCAGAUCAUGCUGGAUCCAUCCCGAUUUCACUUCAUUACCAAACAUCACAGGUUUUCUGGGUACUAGCUCCAGUUUCCUGUUGUAGUAACACUGGACCAAUGAGAGAUCGUCCUUAAUGGAUUUCUAGGAGAGCAGUUUAGAUAUGUUGAGUUUAAAUAACUGGUAUCGAUCUAUGAACCCUUUAGGUUUUAUAAUUAUCCCAUCAUCAACUUAUUACUCGUUAUAUUUCUAUCUGCAGAUUCCAGUUUUAUCGCCAUACACGAUUCAAAUCGUCACCUACGUUGGUGUUGCUAUUUCGCUGGUGAUAUUAUUGGCCGCUGUUAUAACAUUCACCUGUUUACGGUACACUGUUGUUCGUCUGACACAAGAAUUAAAUUAAUAGUUGUAGUAUUAGUUGCCCUGGAUGCCAGAGAUUGUUUCACGACGCUUGCAAAAAUACCGCAUAACAAAAAGCCUACUAGACGAGCUGGAGCCAGUCCGUUCCUAUUUGACGUGCGUUUUUUUGCGAGCGUGGAAAACCUCUGGAACCCAGGGUAAUUAUUUGCAUGUUCAAGAUGUUUACUUUGAUAGUACGAUUGUAUUACACUCUUUUCAUGAUUAUGUUUUUAUGUUGUUUUGUAGUGGCCUGAGUUCCAACACAAAUAACAUACACAGAAACAUGGUGCUAGCGAUUGUUAUUGCUGAAGUCGUGUACGUGUUUGGUAUUAACAGAACUUCGAAUAAGGUAAGUUAACAAUGUUAGAUUGAUAUGAUUACUAUGAUUCCUCACCGAAUUCAAUGCCAAGAGUGACGUAAUCUAUUGGUGCUUACUCCCACUCAUCACAGGAGGAAAAGAUCCCACAUCCACAUGUACCUAAACUUUAAAUUUUUCUUCAGUUGAUCUGCAGAUUCGUCGCAAUUGUUCUCCAUUAUUUCUUUGACGCUGUCUUUGCGUGGAUGUUUGUCGAGGUCGUUCAUAUGUAUCGCAGGCUCACAGAGAAGAGAGACAUUGAUUCAGGACAAAUGACGUUCUAUUAUUUUCUAGGGUGGGGUAAGUAUAGCCUCACCUGUAUGUUGUUAGAAGCGACAAGUGAGCUACCUAGUAAACGAAACCAAGAGCUGUAUUAGAGAUCUGUUAAAUGUGUUUUCGUGAUUCUGUUGGCUAGAUCAAACGGGAACAAAAGUUGUGUUAAUUUAUAUUUUGUUAUUAAGGCUGUCCUGCAAUCGUCGUGGGUCUGUCAACGGGGAUGGCUGUCGAAGGUUAUGGAAAUGAUAAAUUGUAAGUACGUUAUAAGUAGAAAAAAGCAUAUAGAGGACAGUGCUUUUCAUAAUCAAUUAUACUUUCUUUUUUCGUUCGCAGUUGUUGGAUGACAACAAGUGGUACAUUGAUAUGGACGUUUACCCUUCCAAUUGCCGCCGUCAUGUUUGUAAGUUCUAGUAUUGAAUUUCAAAGCCAAUGGGUUUAUUGUGGAAAAGGUUGUCAAUUUUGCACUUUAUUUUGUUGUUUAGGCAAACUUGGUUGUAUUCCUCAUGGCUUUACGUUUGUCGGUUCAAAAAGCGCGGAGAAAACGAAAACAUCAAGCUUACCAUCCAAAGAAUGCUCCCGUGACCAGUGUACAUAAGAACGCGCUGAAAAUCAAGUGAGUUUUGAGACCAAC